GCACUCGUUACCAAGCAGCACUUUUUAUGUGUUGUGUCUGUAAUCAACCCUUGUGCCAUUGUCUGCUACUUUCUCUGCGGCUACCACUGUGUUCCUGACAUACAAACAAACAGUACAACAACCUCAAACUCUGUGGAUAUAAACUUAGACUGGUCAGGGGUUUCACGGUAAGCAGAUACCUUAUUCGUCCCAUCAACAAAUCAAAAUGGCUCCAAACAGUUUGUUGCAUCCAGUGUCCUCAGUCAGCUUUGAAGAAAAAAUCCAAUUCUCUGCAAGUCAGCGUCUCUCUUUUGCAAGAAGCAAAUGGUUCACACUCCCCGAGAGUGAGAGCCACAGCGACGUGCGGAGCAUCAAGCCACCAGAUUUCUCUCUAAAACUGUACAGAUCUCUGUCAGUGCCUCAGAAGAAAGAAAGAAAGACGCAUUCAAAUCUACCUCAACCAAGUGAAACAAAGAGGAGAACUGGAAUAUUUCUACCAAAUGUUUUACAUGAGAGUUACCAGAGGGAAGAGUCUCCAAAGUUCAUCACAUCAUACAGGCCUCCUGAUGUUCUGGAAUCUGAGCUGAUGUUUGUCAAGGCUGGGAAGUACCUUUCUGGGCCUUACAAGAAUCCCAAACCACAUAACUUCAGACCACUCAAUGAAGACCUUCCAGACAUAGUUACUACAUAUGAGAGAGAUCCUGGUAACCUGAAUUUGAAAUUAAAACACUUGGACAUCGUCCGGACCACUAGAUCCGAGUCCGACUUAAGUUCAAAGGACACCAAGACAUCGAUGGACACGUAUAAACCUGCAGAGCCAAAGUGGGAUGCAAGGCUCAUACUCCCUCAGCUGCUCUGGCCUCCAAAAUCAGCUUCCUAUACUGUCAGUAGUGUGUUGGCGUCAUAUCUACAUAAAGAACCACUGCUAUAUUCAAUUUUGUCAGUCACAUGGGGUGCUAAAUACAUUUCCUCAAGUACUCCAUUGUGUGCAACUUUGUACUUCUAUACUCACUAUUGUAGUUUUUACUUCCCUGCAUUUUUCCUCUGCAAGUUUGUAAACUAAGAAAACAAAAAAUCUACAUUUGGCCAAAUAAUGACUUCAACCAACACACCAUGUGGUUUCUGGUGCUUUAUGUGACUAGGAAAAGUGGGAAAACAUCUUGUUUGAUUUACAUCGCUUGACUGAAGCUACCGGUUGUAUUUUACAUUAUGUCUUACUCUAUAUGAUUUACAAUAGUUUUGGGCAGUUUGGAGUUACACCUGUUUUAAUACUGACAUUGACUGCUGCUUUACAGAGACACCGACGAAGAAGAGGAGCGUACAGCGCAUUCUUGGAACGCGUGGAGGAGAAACUCUCAAGAUCGUGGAAAAACAGAUCAUAACUUUCUCUUUUUAAAAAACAUUUUUUACAUGCACAUGUUUGGGUUUCUUUAAACGGUGCAUAAGCAUAACAUUUUAACAAACAGUCUAUACAAUAGGGAU